CUCAGAGAAUUAGUUUGUCAAUAUAAAAUUUAUGAUGGAAAUGUCACAAAUAUUUAACAUGGUAAAAAUAUUUAAUGUUAAAUAGAUUUUAAGGAUAAUGUUAAAUGAAAAAGAAAAACUUAAAAGUCAAAUUAAUUUGUUUUAGUUUGUUUUGACUAUAUCGAUGAUCGUAAUUUCUGAUGGACAAAUAAACCGUUACAUAAAUCCUGUUUGGUUAGAAAUGGAUGCUAACAGCGAAUAUUAUCCUGGCGGUGAAGUAAUAAGUCAAAUUCUUCAAGCCUAUGGUUUAACUGAUAGUUAUGGAUCGUCACGGUAUAGAUCAUCCGUUUCUAAUCAAAAUAGUUAUGGAAAAUCUAAUACAAGGAAUCGAGUUUUAAAUAAUUUGAAUAAUGCAUAUUAUGAUUCGGAUCCUUCAACUCAGGAAUACCUCGAUCGAAAUUAUGACUACGUCGACAACGCAAUCAGGUACUUAACACUAUAUUUUUCACAUUAAUUCUGUACACAAUUAUUGAAUUAUCACAAAUAUUGUCAAAUCAUUUGUGUUGUACAGGUGUCUUUACUUGAAGAGCGUUUAAUUAUAUUUUUUUUAAAUUUAAUUUAAAUUUGUUGACUAUAUAAUAGACUAGAGCAAUCACUUCCUGAUUUGCUAACUUAACAAAUUUUUACAACUCUCAUCACAGUAUGGGAGUAAGGAAUGAAGUGUACAUAUUCAAUAUUCAGUUGUAUGAUAAACAAAAUUGUCGGUUAUAUAUUCUGGUUGGUAAACAUCAAACUGUUACUGAAUCACCAAAACAUAAAUUUGUAAAUUCGGUUAUUGAAAUAGUUGAUAAUAUUAUUAGAAUCAAGAAUAAAAUAUAAUUUAACUUUUUUUCUCCUCAUGUUUUUCAUAUUAAUAUUAUAAUUAGUUAUUAAUUAUUAGUAAUAAUUAAUAACUUAGGUAUAACAUAUUAAUUAUGAAGGACAUAAAUAAGACUUCUUAUAAUAAGUUUCAAAUCUUAAGCCAUUUAAGGUUAAAGGACUAAAGGUAAUAUUAGAUUAGUGCAAAAAAUAUAAUUUAAAAUUCUCACAAAGUUCAAAUACUAUAAAGAAAUUAAAUUAUUAGAAAACGUAGAAAUUACCCAAAAUAAUGUUUAUAAAUUCAGUAAUUUUGGGCCCCUAUUACAUACCCCUCCUGCAUACCCCUUACGUACGCCUAUAAUUUUUUUGAAGUAGUUAGGUAUACCGCCAAGGGCAACUUCUGAGACUUGGCUCUGAACUCUAAGACUGGCUGUGAAGUCAUAUUUUUUAGAAAACUGUAUAACAAAACGUAUAUUUAUAUUUUAUAGUUUAUUUAUACAUCAUAGUAUAGAUAGUAGAUACCUCUAACUAUACACUUGUACCUAUGUGUUUGUCAUAUUAUAAUCGAUAGUAAAUUUUUUUUUUUGUUAAGUUAUUCUUAACAAAAAUAUGGACUUGGGGCAUCCGCAGCCCCUAGGGCUCCCCCUGGAGCCGCCUCUGUCUCUCUUAUACUAGUAUAAUUCAUAAAUUACUCCAAAGAUUUCUGUACUAUUAAUAAUAAAUUAAACAUAAAAUCGAACCCUGUCAUUAUCAACUAAUAUUUAAAAUUAGAUUUUCUUAUGGAAAUUGUAUUUUGAGAUUCAAACUAAAAUAUCGAGUUAGAAAGCUACACAUCACCUAGUUUAAACUAGAAAAUCAUUGUAAAUUUACAAUGAUUUUGUAUUUUUUUUUUUUUAAAACAUUUUAUGGAGUAACACAAUUGCUUCAAAUGAUUCACCUUUCAUAUAGUUUUACUGUCAAUUGGAUAUUAGACAUGGUUGUUAUUUUAUAAUAUAGGUUUUUCCUUAGAUUUGGAUAAAUCAUAAUAGUUUUCAAGAAAAACUAAUUUUGACAUUCUCUUGAAAACUAAAGAUAAUUUACAAAACGCAAUUAUCUGAAGUAAGUAGCAUUAAUUGGUUUACAAUUUAAAAUUAACUAGACAGGUUAUACUUUAAUAUUGUGUAAAAUAAUAAAACACGUAUUUCCUAUUUUUAAAAAGGGUUUUAAAUUUAAAUAAAACUGUAAAUUUUAUACAGAACUGUGCAUUAGGGCAAGUACUGGUUUUAAGUAUUCUUUUAUACUUAUUAUUAUAUAAAAUUAAUUCAAACUAUUAUUAGUUACUAAAUACCGAUUUUAUUAAUUGUAAUUUGGUCACUUAUUAUAAUUCAAUUUAAUUAGUUCUUUUUUUUCUAAUAUAGUAUUUUUCUUCUACAAACCUUUAUUGGUUGUAUCAUCAUUUUGUAUACCUAUAUAUAUUAUAAAACCAUAUUUUUGCAAAUGUUUACAAACAGUUAUAAAAAUAUUAUUAAUAAUAUUAGUAAAAUAUUAGCUAUUUUAAAUUUCGAGUUCUGCUUAAAAUCGUUUUUCGAUUGUCACCAUACAAAUAUUGAUACCUACCAGUAGCGUAUCAAGGGGGGUGUUUUGUGUUCAAACACCUUUGACCAUAUUUAUGCCGACAAUUAUAAUUUAUAUUAUAUGCAGUUAUAUGCAUUCGGUUUUUAUAAAAUUUGUUAAGUUACGUUUACGUACAGCUAUAAUUAUUAAGUAUAAUGUAUAUUAUAUUUUAUGUGCACAAUAAAGUUACAAAGAAGUUACAUCUAAACAUAAAAUAAAAACACCCCCCUAAAAAAAUCCUGGCCACACCACUGAUACCUACCACUACAUAUUUCCAUCUUGCAGGGUGAAUGACUAUGAAACUGCAUGAAAACAUCACUGUCUUAAUUUUAACGUCACAAACGUCGUGAAUGGAAAAAUUGAACAUCUUAGUUUUUUAGAAGCUUUUAAAACUAAUGCAAGAUACUCGGUUACAGUGAAAGCAUCCCCCAACUACAUAAAUUUCCCGACUUUAAAUAUUAUAGUUAUUUUAUUAAGCUUGUUAUUAUAGCUAUGAGUAUAAUAUCAAUUUGUAUUUCCAAUUUAUUACGAUUCAUAGAAUGUAUUUUAAAAACCAUUUAAAUGUUUAAAUCGAAUAAUUUUUAUUUUUUACUAUUUAAGUAAUUUUAUCAAAGCGGUGGUAUGGUGAUAUAUUUCUACAAAUUUAAUGCAUUAAUAUAUAAAGCAUAUAAUAUUAUGUUUCAGAGGUUCUAGCAGAUACCGAAAUAAUAUGUUUGAUAUUCCUAGAAGUGCUAGAAUUAAUGUGGCUACCACAGUACCGAAGACUACUUAUUAUCAGCCAGAAUAUUUAGACCAACAUUUACCAUCAACACCAUUACCAUUAUCUUACUCUAGGUUCAGAUUAUUACCUACUGCAGGCGAUUCUACUGUGUCCCAGGAUUUGGUAUUACGGAGCAGAGAAACACCAAGACUUAUUCCAAGAUCCACUGUUACUCCAGAUACUGCUAAUGAAAAUCGCAAAAUAUAAUAGCAAGCCACGACUUCUUAUUAUAAGUAUUUAUUAUUAUAGUUAAAUUAUGAAUUAUAUAAUUGUAUCUAGUUUGUAACGCUUGCAUACCAUACCAUAAUAAUAAUAAUAAUAAUAAUAAUUAUCAAAUGUCAG